AUGUCUUCAUUAGAUCCUUUUAUUAUUUAUACAGUCAAAUUAGCCAUGGAUUUCAAAUUAAAAGAAUCCUCGGCCAUGGCUUCAGAACCUGUUCCUAUCUUGACAAUGGAUCCUAUUCCAUUGGAUCUGAGAUACAAACCCACAUUAAGAAAAGACAACGUCUUGUCUUUAUUGUAUCAUGCAGAGGAACAAUGGACUCAGUCUUGCAUGGAAUUAUCAGAUAAACAAGUCCAUAUCCAACAAGCCAUCUUUCUCGACACGCUGCGGCUUCUUGUAAAAGCGGUGAUGCCUGAUGUCACUCUUAAACGUUUCCAUGAACCCAUUUGGUUUGCAGCACAAGUUUUGGUCCAUCAUUGUCAUAUACGACACUUGGAGCAUACCUCAAACGCUUUAAGACCUUUGGCCGGACAACUCUAUCAUACCAUGUAUCAGUUAAGACUCUUACUUCAUCAAGCACUGGAACAACAAGGGAUUCUAUCUCAACGGUAUUUCUGGUCAACGCAUUUCUUUCAGACCAAAGAAAACACACAGUUAUUGGACUCAUUUUCGCCUUUGUUGGAAGCCUGGAUCAGACAAUGGUCUGAGUUUGAAUCUGCUCUGUAUGAAGCGUACGUUCAUGUUGUAUUUGGCGAAUACGAUCUGAAUCAUUUUAAAGCAACACGUCAGCCUGGCUUAGUGAAUUUAUCGUUGGACACAUGCAAUGCAUUGACGACUGUUCUGCCUAUUGUGUUGGAUCGUGCAAUUCAGGUGAAUACGAUCCGUGUGGGUUCUAUCCAGUCCUUAGACCCAGAAGCCUUUUUAGCCAUGCCUCGAUUGGCUGUCUUGGCUGGUGUGACCUGGUUGGCUCAUUUGACAGGCUGGAGAAAUCCAAAGACAGCCUUGCCUGCAUGGAUUGGAUCCCAUCAACAGACACUUAAACAACUUGUCCAUGAUAUAUCUGAAUUAGAGAAAUUACUCGACAGACCUUCUGAGGAAGAGCACUAUGCCUUUGUUGAACUCUACCACACGCUGGAACAAUCCUUGGUCCAAGGUCGCCAUGAAGAAAAAGAACAAAACCCCUUAGAAAAAACGAUUUAUUUAAACGUGUGUCAAGUGGCAGAUAGUAUAGUAUCCAGUGCUUAUGCUCAGUCUUUCACCACUGUUCUGUAUCAGCUAUUUAGACAGAUAGGCAUGCAAUACGAUAUUGAAUUUGAAGAAGAAGAAAAGGAAGAUGCUAUACCCAUUGAACAAAUUGUCUUAGAUUUAGCUAUUCUAUAA